CUCUGUGUUUCACCGCGGAGAGGUCGGUUCAAAGGAUUUAGGAGCAGAGCUACAGGAAAACAAGCAGACUCAGUGUGUUCUCAGCUGGAGGAUAAUCAAAGAGUCUGCGCCUGCUUGCUGCUGGGCCUGAAGAUACACGCUUUGCACAUUUAUUUCAUUAUUUAUUUAUUUAUUUUUUGCAUACAAUAAACAGUGAGCACGAGCAAGUCUCUGCUUGGACCCAGGUCUGUAGGUUAAUCAUGGGAUCAGUCAAGCCCUUCCUACUCCUCCUGCUGCCCCUGAUGUUUUUCAACCGACUAUCACAGCUGUGGGCCUUUCCGUUCAGCCCAUCCUUGGACCUGGAUGUCACUGCGAGAACUACCGUCUUCUCAAAAGGUCUGCUGGGCAGCACCCGUUUCAUCGGCUCUUCCCGAAACUACAGCACCCUGCUGUUGGAGGAGGAGGCCAGGCUGCUGUAUGUGGGAGGCAGAGGAGCACUCUACGCUCUCAACACAUCCAGCAUCUCCACACCUGCAAACCUCACAAUUGAUUGGGAUGCUUCCCCUGAACAGAAGAAGCAGUGCCUAAACAAAGGCAGAGACAAUCAGACAGAGUGUUACAACCACAUCCGCUUUCUGCAGCGAUACAAUGAGACUCACCUGUACGUCUGUGGAACGAACGCCUUCAGACCGCUCUGUGCUUAUAUCGAUGCAGAGCGUUUCAGCUUCUCCUCAGGUUUCGAGGAAGGCAGAGACAGGUGUCCGUAUGACCCAGCAAAGGGAUUCACUGGCCUCAUCGUAGAUGGUGAGAUGUUCACAGCCUCUCAGUACGAGUUUCGCAGCUCUCCAGAUAUUCGCAGAAACUUUCCAUUCCCCACACUCAGGACAGAGGAGGCGCCCACCCGGUGGCUUCUGGAGGCAAAUUUCGUGGGCUCUGUGCUGCUGAAGGAGAGCAUCAACAGCUCUAUCGGUGAUGAUGACAAGAUUUACUUCUUCUUCACUGAGAGAAGCCAGGAGCAGAUUGCCUACCCGAGCCAGACCAAGGUGUCCAGGGUCGCCAGAGUAUGCAAGACUGACUGGGGAGGCCAGAGGACUUUGCAGAGGAAGUGGACCUCGUUCCUCAAGGCUAGAAUGGUGUGCUCAGUCCCAGAGUAUGAGCUGCACCUCAAUAUCCUGCGUGACGUGUUCGUCCUGCAGGAGCGAGACCCUCGCAGCAGCAUUUUUUAUGGCAUCUUUGGUCUGGAAUGGAAGAAUAUCAAAGCGUCUGCUAUCUGCCAGUACGCCUUUUCAGAUGUGCAGAAGGUUUUCGAAGGGCCGUACAUGGAGGUGCAAGACUCAAAAUGGAGGGAGUACACAGGAAAAGUCCCAGAUCCAAGACCCGGCUCUUGUAUAACAGAUCUGCACAGGUCCCAGAACAUCAACUCGUCUCGAGAUCUCCCAGACAAUGUCCUCACCUUCGCCAGAAGGCACCCGCUGAUGGCCAAACAGGUGCACCCAAUAGGUGUGCGCCCCCUCAUGUUCAAAAGAAGUGUCAACUAUGUCAAGAUAGCAGUGCACAAAGAGCCGGCACUGGAUGGAAAUAUUUACACUGUUCUGUUUUUGGGAACUGAUGACGGCUGGUUGCAUAGAGCUGUGGACAUCGAUGGAGAAAUGCAUAUCAUAGAAGAGCUGCAGCUGUUUGAUGAACCACAGCCCAUAGAGAGCCUGGUCAUCUCCUCAGCUCUGAGGAGUGUCUAUGUUGGGUCGCACUCUGGAGUCGUGCAGGUACCGAUGUCAGCCUGCAAGAGGUACACUUCCUGUUAUGACUGUGUGUUCGCCAGAGACCCCUUCUGCGGCUGGGAUGGGAAAGUGUGUGUGGAAAUAUCUUCACGUGCACAAAAGUCGAACCUAACCCAGGAUAUCUUGAGAGGGGUCAGGGGCUGCAAGGAGAAUUCAGGAAAUGUGGUCCAUCGGAGGCGUUCUGUGAUGUCGGGUGACGACGUGCUACUCCAGUGUGAACUACGCUCCAACCUGGCAACUCCACGCUGGACACUAAACGGCAGGGAGCUCCAGGGAUACGACCUCAAUUCGGGCUAUCGGAUCGGCACAGAUGGCCUCCUGAUAAUCGGAGCUCGCACCCAGCAGAGCGGCAUUUACCGCUGCUUUGCUCUCGAGAACUCAGUCUCAGUUCUGGUCUAUCUCUACACAGUAAGGGUUCACACAGAGCCGUACUUCCCUGUGGAACCCACAGCCACAACUAACCCCACUACAAUUUCCAGCCCGACUGUUUUCUCUACCGGCAGCCCCACUGAGCAGCCCUUGCCCUCGCCUCCUGCCCCACUUCCUUCAAGACCUGAGUUUCAGACCUACAGACACAUGGAGGCCGUGUACAUCUCUCUGGUGGCGGUUCUCGGUGGGCUUUGCUUGGUGUUGACUGUGGUCCUUCUUUAUGUAAGCUUCUGCACUAGACGAGCCUCUCAGGAUCGGAAGUUCUCCCAGCAAGGUCUCCAAGUCCUAGGUGCCUCUGAGAGAAAAAGGAGCUCCCACCUUGAACUUAAAACCAUCUCAAGCCACUGCAAUGGCCGUCAGGGUCGUCGGUCCAUCUCAGUGCCGAGCUUUGGGGACCUGGGUGAUGGCUUCCUCCAGAUAGUGCCAGGUGAAGGCCAGAUGUCUCCAGCUAAAACACCUCCUCCGGCUCCUCCUCUUCCCAUGCCACCCCCGCUUCCCAACAUGGACUAUGCCAACGGGCUCUCGGCCACUCUGCCCAGCGUGCUGAGGAAGAUGAACGGAAACAGCUACGUGCUGCUGAGGCAGGCCGACCCUGACGGUAUGUCCCCGCUCUACCAUUCCUUCACAGAGGAGCUCAACAGGAUCCUGGAGAAAAGGAAACACACACAACUGGACUUGCAACCCGAUGAGAGUUCCAUCUAGGACACCCCUCUUAUGCUUCAUCCCACUGUUAUUUAUUUUUACCCUAGAGGUGAUCCGUACUUGUGGGGAAAAAUGACUAUUUUAUGAAGUGCUGCUCUUAAUUGCACAGAGUACCUGCAGGUCAUGUCAUAACUUGGUCAGAAAUAUUCAGCCUGUUGUGUCUUCGGUGACAAAUGGCCCAGGAUUUCACUAAUCAGAGACUGCUAAAAUGUGGAGCUGUGAAAAAUUGCUACAACCAAGGAGCUUAAAGAUGAUACCUAAAGUGCAGACUCUCUGGAAGUUUCUGAAAGAUGGCAGUCAGACGACAAAAAAGCCAAUGUUACAAAAUAGGACAUGGAUACAAAAACUAAAUUAGGCCAGGAGGUGAUCAAGCAUUUCCGAGACUGUGGAGAGAUUCAAGAAGUUUUAUAACCAUGUAAUAUUAGGUAUCUGUGGAGCUUAAAGUGAUAGUUCAUCCAAACAUGCUAAGCAUUAGGCUAUUUUGUAUAAAUUAAAAACAUGGCCUAAGAACAGUAGCACCUAAUGUGCUUACAGCUUUACCACCCAGUCCUGUGUAUGAAGAUGCACCUUUUUGUUGCUUGUGACUGUGUUUGUGGACUGGUAUCAUCACAAACUGCACAGUGAGCCUUUCUAUGAGGUAAAAGAAGCUUUUUCAAGUGGCUUUUUUGAGAAGUCCUAAAAACAUAUUGAUGAGGAAGAUUACAAAACGGCAAAUGAAACAAUCCAUGCUCUUAGGAUGAACAAGGUCAUCACGGCUUAAGUAAGAAGGCAUCCAUGCCCCCUCUCGUCUUUUUUUAAUUUUUAUAAAUGCACUAACCUACCAAACUAAAGACUAAUAAAAGACCUAUGUGGUGUGAAGGUAAAGUUCUGUGUAUGCCCAGCAAAAUAAAAAGCUACAAGAGAUUUAAAUUUGACCAAUCUCUCCUUCAAGAAUAUCGCUUUAGGAAGCAUUACGGCACUUUGAAUGUGGCUGUUACUUUUAGGUUGCUGCUUGGAAGUCCCAUUAAACCCUCUUGCAGCUCUGGUUCUGUGAUGUGUGGUGUCGAAACUGGAACCGAUCAUCUUGGAUUUUUUUUAGGAGAAGAGGAUAAUGUCAGAGGCAAUCAAAUCUGGCAUGUGUGGCAGGUGUUUAGCACGGAUUUUGUUGCUGUGGCUAAAAAAAAAGAUUUUCUAUAGACUGUUUAGAUGGUUCAUACCAGAUGUCAUCUCUCACAUGCUUCAGGAGGUUAAAGUAAAUAUCAGUGUUGGAAAACUCUCCCUGAGAAAUGACUAAACAUUGAAAAACCCCACAAAUGUCUCCUGGCAGCACCACCUUUGUGCUUGGACACUGUGGACUCUUCCAGCUAAAGCUACUCUUUGGAUUCUGGAUGUAACCAAAGACCAAGUUUGCAUCAACAGUAAUCAGCUGGAUCACACAGCAGCUGAUGUUUGCUGCUCUGUGAAAUUUUAGAUACAAAAGUGCAAGCGUUCAUAACGGGACUUUUGGAGGAGCGUGCUAAAAAUAGCUACCCUGGAAGUGAUCCAGAUGUGCACAACAAGAUGACCUUGAAGGGGAGAUUAGCCUAAUUAAAUCAGGUAUAAAUUUAGAUUUAUAUUGAUUGAGAUGAGCAGCAAGCCUUGUAUAUUUUUAAACUGGCUUGAAAGGAGGUAGAGUAUUAAUCCAUAUUUUCACAAAAUUAAUUGUUUGUGUAAAAUAUUGAGCAUAUGGAAAAAUGAGUGAAAGUUGAGCACACAAAGCUCCAGGAAUGGGUUUUGAGUGGCUUGUCAUGUUUCAAACCACUUUUUCUAUGAUGCAUGUCCUUUGCAGAGAUGUAACGAAUGAUUAUUUUCCUAUGAUUUCUCACUUUAGGAUCUGAAAGCUGUGAAUGUUUGGCAUUUUUGCUCGAUAAAUAACAUUUAUCUUCUCUGUUAAGCCGUCGGCCACAAUCAUUGUAAUAACUAAAAUGUUGACUUUAGUAAAAGUAUCACUUUAAGAAUCCAGUUUUGAUACAGCACACUAGAGCACAGAUUUUAAGACAAGUCUUACAUUUUAGUGUAUUUAUUUAAGCCACUUUCCCCCCUUGAUUUUUCCUCAUGUAAAUAGCAAUAAAUAUACGCCACUGUUGCAACCGUUAGUAGCAUAGUGUGCUGUGCCAGUGCCAAUGGAAAAACCUGUAGCAAACUUGGAACUAUUUUUUUCCCUGUAGUAUUUCUAUUUUUAGCCUCUCUGUGGGAAAAGAGAUAAAACUUUAUGAAAGUAAACAUGCAGUCUAUUAAAGGAGCAGUCAGCGUGGUGGUCAGAUUUAUUGGCUUUUGCUGUAGAUCACAGACUGGGUUCAGGGUUGUGGAGGUGAACCGGGAACCACAAACUGAUAAAAUCCUAUAAAGAAAAUUUUUAGAUGCUGUUUUAUAUUUAUAUUUAAGGCCUGUUUUCUGAAUAACAUUGACUGUUUUACUUUCUCUCAAAACAUCAAGAACAUGGUUUCAUACAAAAACAGGUGAAAAAA